AAAGCAUGGCAGAAGUCGCCCCAGCUCCCGCCGCCGCCCCGGCAAAAGCGGCCAAGAAGAAGAAGACCACCAAGCCGGCUAAGACUGGACCUAGCGUGCGUGAGCUCAUCACCAAGGCCGUGUCCGCAUCCAAGGAGCGGAGCGGAGUUUCUCUUGCUGCCAUCAAGAAGGCUCUGACCGCCGGCGGGUAUGAUGUGGAGAAGAACAAAGUCCGCGUCAAGACCGCCAUCAAGAAGCUGGUUACCGACGGAAUUCUUGUCCAGACUAAAGGAACCGGGGCAUCCGGCUCCUUCAAGAUGAGCAAGAAGGAGGCUCCUAAAGCCAAAAAAGCUGCUCCCAAGGCCAAGAAAGCACCCGCGAAGAAACCUGCUGCAGCCAAGAAGCCCAAGACUGCAGCGAAGAAAACUGCAGCCGCGAAGAAGUCACCCAAGAAAGCAGCCAAGAAACCCGCAGCCAAGAAACCCGCAGCAAAGAGUCCCAAGAAGGCUGCAAAGAAGGUCGCCAAGAGCCCGAAGAAGGUAGCGAAGAAGCCUGCGGCAAAGAAGGCGCCAGCCAAGAAAGUUGCCAAACCCAAAGUCAAGAAGGCAGCGCCCAAAAAGAAGUAAUCGUCCUCCCAAAAAAGGCUCUUUUCAGAGCCACCCACCUCCUCUACAGAGCUAAAUCGUUUACACGCCACAGCUGUUGUUUAGCGUAAACA